AUGCCAUACUAUCACAACCUUGCUCCUGCACGCAAAGAUCCAGCAACGUAUGAUCACACCACGCCGCCAGUCAACGCACCUCUUGCGCCCAAGUUACAGCAUGCUGUACAUGAUGCCGGGUCCCAGAUCGAUGGACCUGCCGACCACCGUCCGCAGAUGGUUCCGUUCGCCACGAGGAACGACUACCGGCAGCCUGUCAACCAUUUCCAACAGCAACAACAACAGGGACACCGUCAUUAUCAGUACCAAUACCCGCAAAUGCAAGAUAGGCCUGUACAUCAUGUUCACAGCACGGCAGCACCUCAUUUACCCUCGAAACAGCAAGAAACAGCAGCAGGAAGUGCGGUCACUACACUGCUUCCCUACUGCACCGCCGAAGUACCACUGAACGAAAGUCAAGUCAUUGCGGUCACUGAUGUAGCCGGUAGUCUCAAGGAGCUCGUGCUUCUGGCGCUGAGAGCCAAAGAUGGUGACGAGGAAUGCGUGGGUAGACUUGAGGGCGCAUUGGGAAGCGAACAGGCGCUGGCUGGCAUUGUAGAUUUCUUCUCUGACGAGUUUGAGAUUGAGUAG